AUGGACAUUAUUGCUCCUCUCUGGACUCACCUUGACAAUCGACGUGGUGGAACUAUCUCCUGUAGAGAGGAUACAAGCAGUGCUGUACUGGCAAAAGUCACUGCAGCUAUUGACAGAUACCACCCUGACAUAACUUUUGUUGCUGCAUCAGCAUUUGUGGCUACCUGGGACAGUGUGGUCACUUUCCAAGUGGUUUUAGCGUACAAUGUUCAUCGCUCUUUCAUCCUCGUCAACUAUGGAGACAUUGCAGAGACAGAACAAAUGUGGCAGAUCAACAACAAUGGCCAUCUGACGUUUACUGAGCCGCUGUCCAACUACAUUCCCCUUGUGAAUUCCGGAAUGGACAUUAUUGCUCCUCUCUGGACUCACCUUGACAAUCGACGUGGUGGAACUAUCUCCUGUAGAGAGGAUACAAGCAGUGCUGUACUGGCAAAAGUCACUGCAGCUAUUGACAGAUACCACCCUGACAUAACUUUUGUUGCUGCAUCAGCAUUUGUGGCUACCUGGGAUAGUGUGCCAUACCAUGAUGGUGGAGGGGUUGUCACGUUCCAAGUGGUUUUAGUCUCCAAUGUCCAUCGCUCUUUCAUCCUCGUCAACUAUGGAGACAUUGCAGAGACAGAACAAAUGUGGCAGGCUGGUUACAGCACGUUGGACUCUGUCCAUUCUUUCACAAUUCCAGUGAGCAGCGCCCCAGAACUCUCAUCCAGCAGCAAUAUCAAUGUGAAUGGCCGCCUCUCGUUCCACGUGGAUGGCUCACCCAAUUUGCCAACAAAUUUCCUCGCUUCUGGGGAUGGAGACGUAGUGAACCCCCCCGCUGAGGAUGGAAGCUCCGAUAGAAUUUUCUUGCAGCAGCCUUUCAGAUACUUUGGGCGCACAUACAAUCAGAUCUUCGUAAACAAUAAUGGCUACCUAACGUUUACCGAGCCGCUGUCUGCCCACAACCCCUCUCUGGAUUCCGUGAGAGACAUCAUUGCUCCUCUUUGGACUCGUCUUGACAAUCGACGAGGUGGAACUAUCUCCUACAGAGAGGAUACAAGCAGUGCUGUACUGGCAAAAGUCACUGCAGCUGUUAAGCAAUACUUCCCUAACAUACCUUUUGCUGCUACAUCAGCAUUUGUGGCUACCUGGGACAGUGUGCCGUACCAUAAUGGUGGAGGGGUGGUCACUUUCCAAGUGGUUUUAGCGUACAAUGUUCAUCGCUCUUUCAUCCUGAUCUAUUAUGGAGAUGUUUCAGAAACCACACAACCUUGGCAGGCUGGUUAUAACACUGUGGACUCUGGCAGUUCGUUUACAAUUCCAGCAGCACGUGUCCCCGAACUCUUGUCGAGCAGUAAUAUCAAUGUGACUUCUCGCUGGUCUUUCCAUGUUGAUGGGUCACCAAACCUGCCAGCUAAUUUCCUACCAUUUGGAAACGGAGAAAUAGUGACGCCCCGAUUGGAGAAUGGAAGCUCUGAAGCCAUUACAUUGCAGCAGCCUUUCAAGUUUUUUGGACGCACACACAACCAGACUUUUAUCAACAACAAUGGCCAUCUGACGUUUACUGAGCCGCUGUCCAACUACAUUCCCCUUGUGAAUUCCGGAAUGGACAUUAUUGCUCCUCUCUGGACUCACCUUGACAAUCGACGUGGUGGAACUAUCUCCUGUAGAGAGGAUACAAGCAGUGCUGUACUGGCAAAAGUCACUGCAGCUAUUGACAGAUACCACCCUGACAUAACUUUUGUUGCUGCAUCAGCAUUUGUGGCUACCUGGGAUAGUGUGCCAUACCAUGAUGGUGGAGGGGUAAGACCAAAUUGUUGUUUAUUAGUGAAUUGGUGUUGUCUUUGA